AUAACAAUAUGGCGGCAAUGGCGUGUAGUUAUUAAUAUAAAAUCGUUUUCACGUUGAAUUCAUUAAUAUUGCCUGUGUAUUCCUUCUCCAAUCGUUGUUAUUGAUAAUUCUAGAAUAUUUAUAGUGUAAUUUAGAUUUUAGGUAUAUCGGUAAUGUAAAAUAUGUUACCUUUUUCAAGUUGAGCUUUGAUUUUAGCAGUGCAUCCAAAAUCGGUGUAAAAUGACUCAGUUUUUGCCCCCUAACUUGCUGGCAUUAUUUGCUGCCCGCGAUCCUAUCCCAUAUUUACCUCCAGCGGCGAAAUUACCGCACGAAAAGAAGCAAAAAGGUUACGAUGGAGUUGGUUCCUUUCUCAACAUUUUUGAGCACCCCUCAGAGACGCCGCCCCCAACGCGCGUGGAGACUCGCGAAGAGCGCCUGGAGCGCAAGCGGAGAGAGCGCGCUGAGCAGACGGCCUACAAGCUCGAGCAGCAGAUUGCGCUGUGGGACCCGGCCGCGAAUGAGAAUGCUACUGCUGACCCGUUCAAGACACUGUUUGUUGCGCGUGUGAACUAUGACACUUCAGAAUCUAAACUCAGGAGAGAGUUUGAAGGCUAUGGACCUAUCAAAAAGAUAUCGAUGGUGUUCAACAAGGACACGGACAAGCCGCGCGGCUACGCCUUCAUCGAGUACGAGCACGAGCACGACAUGCACUCCGCGUACAAGCACGCCGACGGCAAGAAGAUCGACGGCAAGCGCGUGCUGGUGGACGUCGAGCGAGCCCGGACCGUGAAGGGGUGGCUGCCGCGGAGACUCGGCGGCGGCCUCGGCGGCACUCGGCGCGGCGGCUCCGACGUGAACAUCAAGCACUCGGGGCGCGAGGACAACGAGCGCGAGCGCGAGCGGUACCGCCUCGAGCAGCGCUCGCGGGACGACCGCGCGCGCGCCUCGCGCCGGGACCCCGCACCAUCGUCCACGCGUCGUCGCUCCCGCUCGCGCUCCAAGCGCCGCUCCGAGUCGCGCUCGCACCGCCGCGAGCGACGCGCUGAGGAGGAGAAUGGCAGCGGAUCCCGCCGCCGCCGCCGCUCCCGCUCGCGCUCGCCGCGCCGCCGCAAGGACGACAGAGACAAGGACAAGGAGAGGGAGAAGAAACGCUCCCGACGAGACAAGGAGCGGAAGGAGCCCAAGGUCAAGCCCGAGCAUGUCAAGGUCAAGGAGGAACCCACUGAUGACUACCCCGAGUUCUCCCUCCCCCCGCUGGACAUGCAGAUCAAGCAAGAACCGGAGGACGAAAACAAAUACAACCCCGAGGAGGCCAACGGAGAGAACGAGGAAUACAACUAUUAGACUGUCGCUCCGGAUGUUUUUAAUAAGCUGCGUACAGACCGGCCAAACGAACGCCAACGAACGGGUUUCGUUGACCUUCGUUGCUGCAAGCUGCCCUGUAUUAUGUAUGAUAAAUAUCCAUCGUUGGGCGUUCGUUGGGCCGGUCUGUACGCAGAUUUAGACUGUCGCUCCGGAUGUUUGUAAUAGAGUGCUUACACUGCUCACAUUGUUUACUAUACUUUGUCAAAUAUAGCAUUAGUUCUUUGACUUUUGAUUGACAGAAAGUGCCAAUUUCUCCAUAGUCGGUUAGAGCAUAACCAAUUAACCAGGUAUUAGUGGUUGACUUUUGACACAUCUGUCAAGAAUUUUAUAUGGAGAUGACGUAUAAAUGAUGAACCAAUCCCUGG